GAUUUCAAAAAGCAACUGCACUGAUGAUGCUUGGCGAUAAAGUGAUAGCAGAAGAAGCAGAACGCAUAGAACAAAAUAAUGGCUCUUUCAAAAAAGCUAGCUUUGAAGCCAUCAAUUAUGCAUCCAAAAUUGCCGCUAGUGCUGGUACACAAGUGUGUGCAGUCGUUCUUGGCGAAGCCAAUGACACAGCUAUUUUGGGUAACUAUGGCGCCAAU